AUGCCCUUGCCGACAGCUGAGCUGCAGCCUGGUCUCCUGUUGAUCGGCGGGCCAGGAAACGCAUAUCGGGAGUGCCUGGGUAAUGGGAGCUGGGCCAUCAAGGUGAACUACUCCCAGUGUGAACCGAUCCUGGAUGACGAGAUGAAGCCCAUCCUCCAUUACAAGGUCGCCAUGAUCAUCAACUACCUGGGGCACUGCAUAUCCGUCGGCGCGCUCGUCGUGGCCUUUCUCCUCUUCCUGUGCUUGAGGAGCAUCCGAUGCCUUCGAAAUAUCAUCCACUGGAACCUGAUCACGACGUUCAUCCUGAGGAACGUGAUGUGGUUCGUGCUUCAGAUGAUUGACCACAACAUCCACGAAAGCAAUGAGCCCUGGUGUCGCUGCAUCACGACGAUCUUCAACUACUUCGUGGUGACCAACUUCUUCUGGAUGUUUGUCGAAGGCUGCUACCUCCACACGGCCAUCGUGAUGACCUACUCCACGGACAAGCUCAGGAAGUGGGUCUUUCUCUUCAUCGGAUGGUGUAUUCCUUUUCCAAUCAUUGUCGCUUGGGCUGUCUGCAAGCUCUAUUACGAAAAUGAACUAUGCUGGUUUGGAAAGGAACCAGGGAAGUACAUCGACUACAUCUAUCAAGGACCAGUGAUUCUUGUUCUGCUGAUAAAUUUUGUAUUCCUGUUUAACAUAGUUAGGAUUUUAAUGACAAAACUGAGAGCAUCGACCACUUCGGAAACAAUACAGUACAGGAAAGCGGUCAAGGCGACGCUAGUUCUCCUGCCUCUGCUGGGGAUCACCUACAUGCUCUUCUUUGUCAACCCGGGCGAAGAUGAUAUUUCGCAGAUAUUUUUCAUCUACUUCAAUUCCUUCUUGCAGUCUUUUCAGGGUUUCUUUGUGUCUGUGUUUUACUGCUUCUUAAACGGCGAGGUCCGUUCCGCCGCCAGGAAAAGAUGGCACCGUUGGCAGGACCACCACUCCCUGAGGGUCCGAGUCGCCCGCGCCAUGUCGAUCCCGACCUCCCCCACCCGGAUCAGCUUUCAUAGUAUAAAACAGUCGGCGGCCGUGUGACCACCAGCUGCUCAGGGGAUCCCGUCCUCCCCCCGCCCGUCCUCUC